CUUUUGUAUUCAGAAAAAAGCUAUUCUCACUAUACUGAAAUGCUGCCAAAUUCUCUACCCGGGUUAUUUUCUACCAACAUUGGUGCUUUCAUUGAGAGCUGUGCUCUCAAAUUUUCGGUAGAAACUUGGGAAGAUUCAAACAGCAAUCGUGUGAAUUUGUUCCAAGAAUUACGAAUUCAUCACAAUUACAGCUUCAAAAAUGGGAGACAAAUCUUCUGAAAAAGUGGAAAUCCAGGAAAAAAAAAGAAUUUCGAAUCUGGAAAAAUGAAUUAAAAAGAAAAUCUCAGAUCCGGGAAGGUAGAAGAAUCUCAUCCUUCUCGGGCUUCUUCGGCCACAUCGCUAAAUAGUAGGCAACUCCACCUCCGUCACAGAGCAGUGCUCACAGGCGAGGCUCGAAGCUCGUCCCUGCGGAUCUGAGUCGCGUGAGAGGACCAUCCUGGCCGUCGCCGCCCCAGGUCUUAAUGCGCACCGCCAAUCCAGCGCCGCCCUCGUUCCUGGUCGCUUCGCCGCUGCCGCGAUUGCUCCAAGACGAACUGCCGUGGUUAUCCACCAUUAAUGGCCAAUUUAGGUCCGGCGAAGCAGAUUCAAGGCCACCAUACACAACCCAAGGUGCCGCAGUCAUUAUACAACUCGAGGGGCCGGCAUCUCAUGACCUCCUGGGAAAUGGCGAAGCAGAGCACUGCCUCCGCUUAUCAAUGACCGGAACCAGGACGCCACGAACGGCGUCAGAUCCGCCAAAGCCUCAGCCAGGGAUGGACGGAUUCUAAACUCUAUCUAAUAUGUAUUGCAGAGAGGAGGCGUGAAUAUGCAGAUUGGAGGAAUUUGACCCAGUCAAAUUGGUCUACGAAGUCCUAAUCUGACCUCCCAAUUCUUUGAUCCUUUUCAUUUUGGUUUUUAAUUUUUGAUAGGUGGAACAUGCCAGAUCUAGACAGGUGCAAUGCCACUUAUUUACGUUAUGCCGG